AAUGGAUGCGCCUGCUGGACGAAAGGGAGCCAGUUGAUGCAGUGUACCUCGAUUUUGCCAUGGCGUUUGACAGUGUCCCGCAUGAGCUGCUGUUGCAAACAGUUUUCUGAGGUGCGGGAUGAUGGAGUUGCGACGCCCUACCAGUCUCGCCGGCCAAUGGCUAGCAGGCUGGGUGGUCGACUGGGUCUGAAACUCAGUUCAAGUUUGGCGUCACGUCUUGAUUUCUCGAUUCCUUCAGAGCUGGGACAUAAAUCAUCCAGCCGUAGGCACGUCGAUGAAAGUAUCGACCAUUCUGCGUCAGAUUGGUUUGGUUUAGUUGAUUGUUUUGACAAAGGGCGCAAUGUCGUUAGUGCCGCUCACCGACCGACGACUCCAGAGCGCUUAACCCGCGCUGGCUGCUCAAAUUAUGACUGGAAUCGUCAACCGCCUUCAUUCAUUGGUCCGGCCGUUCAUCAUAGCAGCUCUUAUCGUGGCUUGUCAUCUCCACAUCAUGGACACGGCCAUGAGCAUGGGUACGAGACUUGCCGUAGCGGCAGUCCUUGGCGUCAAGAGGUCCUGGAUGCAUAUUUUCGGGACAAUCCUUCAAGGGGUUCUCGCUUUCUCGCUAAUGCAGAGGAAGAAAUCUAUUUUCGUUGUCGCAGUAUUUCCCAGGAACGCAUAACUUUCAGAGAGCGUGGCAUCUCACCUCGAGACGACAAUUUUUCGACUCGUUGUCGAAGUAUCACUCCGCGCCGUCGAAGCAUCACUCCGCGCCGUCGAAGCAUCACUCCACGCCGUCGAAGCAUAACCCCUCGCCGUCGAAGCAUCACUCCGCGCCGUCGGAGCAUCACUCCGCGCCGUCGAAGCAUCACCACUCGUCGAAGCAUCACUCCGCGCCGUCGAAGCAUCACCACUCGUCGAAGCAUCACUCCGCGCCGUCGAAGCAUUACUCCGCGCCGUCGAAGCAUUACUCCUCGCCGUCGAAGCAUCACUCCGCGCCGUCGAAGCAUUACUCCACGCCGUCGAAGCAUCACUCCGCGCCGUCGAAGCAUUACUCCUCGCCGUAGAAGCAUCACCCCUCGCCGUCGAAGUAUCACUCCUCGCCGUCGAAGCAUCACCCCUCGCCGUCGAAGCAUCACCCCUCGCCGUCGAAGCAUCACUCCGCGCCGUCGAAGCAUUACUCCUCGCCGUAGAAGCAUCACCCCUCGUCGCCGCAGCAUCACUCCUCGCCGUCGAAGCAUCACCCCUCGUCGCCGCAGCAUCACUCCUCGCCGCCGAAGCCACACUCCUGAGCGCAACCAGAGUUACGCUGCGAAGACCUUGAGGUCGGUUUACGGCGAUCGCCGUACAGAAGGCGAAGGAAUAAGGUUCUCCGAAGAGACUUCCGCAGCUCACAUUCGAUUCAAGAAUGAAUUGCUCGCGCUUGAAGAGCACAUGAAUAAGAUGAAGACCUACUUCAAGGAUCACCCAAUGGCUCACCCCGAUUACGCCGAGGAAUGGAGGAGUUUCUAUCAACGACGCAGCAUGGAACUUCAGAGUCAAAAUAUUCCGGUGAAGGAUUUCGAUUUUCAGCCUGAAUGGUAUAAGGUGUGGUGCGCCAUUAUCGAUGAUCGCGCCAAAAGCCACCUUGACCAAGAACGCAAGAACCUGCGCAGCAAGCACGGCUUAGACCAAGAGGCUCGCGCUGAUGGCCAAGAUGAGGCGCCACCGCAUUCUUCUUCAACAACUUUGAAAACGGACGGUCGCCCUGACCAGACGCCCCACGGCAGUGAACAAACCAAGAAGAUUAUGAGUUUCAUCACAAAGGCUGCUUCUAGUCUGCCUCGGAGCCAUCCUAAAACACCUGCAGCCACCACAAGCACAGAUACUGGCUGUGAAUUCAAGUAUUCCGUGAUCAGCACACUCAAGUUAUUGAAUGAACUGGAGGCACACCUGGCAGAUUUGGCCCCAAAAAUAUCAAACUUACUCUUUGCUGCUGUCAAUGCAAAUAUUUUAGGAAAAGACCCCUUAUCUAUUUUCAAAGAUAUUCCCAAUAUCAAUACUGUUGAACGUUCCAAGAGGAAGAUCGAAGAUGCCAUGUUAAAAGAUCCCGGAUGCACCGAUCUCGACUCCAGCGGGAGUGUCUGCUUGCAGUCGGUGGACUGGUUGCUCUCUAAGAUUUGGAGCGAACACUUCUGCAGUGUGAACAUCAUAGCCAUCGCUGAUAAUAACCAUCAAUGUCCACUGUCAGAAAUUGCUCAAAAAGUUGUGGAACAGCUCAUGAUUCUUGGACGCCUGCAAGUGGAUGACACGAAACUCUACGCAAUUAUUGACGGUGUAAUCCAGGUACAAAAGCUACGACCGCAAUCGGUUGUGAAGAAAAGCCGGAUUUCUCGUCCUCUUGCGUUGACAGGAGCCAACUGGGAAUCCGGUUCUUUUUUGUCUUCAGCGGUUACUACGUCGAUGGCCGCAAGCAGCAGCAUUGACCCAAACACUCGAGGGAAUAUGACUCUCAGUGAAAGCGGAGGUGCACCAGCGCGACCAGUUUCUCACGGGUCUCUGCCUAAUAUGGAGUGCAUUGCAUCAGCGCUGGCGUUUCUAACCAAAGCUGGUGUAACUUCCGGGCAGCGUUCCGAUGCCCGAAACUUUUCCUCAGAUACUGGCGAGUUGCAGACCGGUCUUGCCGGCCACUCCCGUACGCCGGCCACUCGUGUGUGCCCUCCAAACUCGUAUCCUCGUCAGGAAAUGGAGGCUACUCGCCGCCCAUUUUCCAACCUGCCUAUAAUCCCACAACAGCAGGAACCCAUGCCUUUUGCGCCUCCUUCAUAUCCUCGUUUUUGAGAACUUGUAUGAUACCAUGCAAUCAUUAGGCCAUUGAAUGCGAAUCGAGAUAAAAAUUACUUUUAUGUGGCUACUAUAUAAAUCAAUGAAUAGAAAAUGACCUCACUAAUUGAAAAGUUCUUUAGUUUAAUCAAGAAACUUCAUAUGAAGCUUGAUUGCAUUCCUGUGAAAUAAGUUUUGUUUCAAAGCUACUAUUUUCUCACAUUAAGGCUCAAUUGCUGGCACGAUCCAAUCAAGACAUUAGCCAUGAACAGUAAUUAUAUUUAUAAUGAUUCAUGAAGGAAAAAUUUGAUCAUAACGAUGAAUGAAGUUAUGAUUUAUUCAUCUUUUGGAAAUAUGGGGCUAGCCAGUUGCGAGUUUUGUAAUUUUUUUUCAUUCAUCCUGGAUCAAAAAUAUGAACGGAGCCUCUGAGAGCGGAUUCAAGCCUAGCGAAUGUCAUUUCCUUUUACUUUAGUAUAGCUUCAGAAAUUUCAAUCCAGCAGCUACAUUAUGAAACGAACAUUUGUUUUUGGAAAGCUUUUGCAUGUUUAAUAUUAUUUUAUUUUGUCUGGAUACUGCGUAUGAAGCGUACUUUGAAAAUGCUCGCUCGGCGUGUUACGUUAUUUACCUGAAGUCAACGUUUGAAUGUCACUGUAAAUGUGGCGGCAAAGUUUAUGACAACAUUAAAAAAGUUUCAGCGCU